UGUUUCCCUUAAAUCAACCGCUUUUAUUUUUCUAGUGUGGCUAACGGCUGUUACCAUUCAAAACUGCAAGCUUUACUGAACACAAUUCAGUGGCUAUAAAACAGUUCCAAAAAGUGUAUGCUUAGUGGUUUUUCCAUACUAUUUCAACGGUCUGAAUAUUUAAUUUGAGAAAUGUCGAGGCGAAGGCACAGCGAUGAGGGUGAUGCUGGCUCCCAGCCUCACAAACGCAGGAGGACGUCUGAACCCAUUGAGAUUGAAGACCGCCUGGAGUCGCUGAUAUGUCGAGUGGGAGAGAAGAGUACGUCCUCCUUAGAGAGCAAUUUGGAGGGUCUUGCUGGUGUCCUGGAGGCGGAUCUUCCUAAUUAUAAAGGCAAAAUCCUGCGCAUCUUAUGUGCUGUAGCAAGGCUUUUGCCGGAGAAGUUGACGGUGUACACAACACUAGUGGGACUUCUCAACGCUCGCAACUACAACUUUGGAGGAGAGUUUGUGGAGGCCAUGAUCCGACAACUUAAGGAGACACUAAAAUCAAACCUUUACUCUGAGGCCAUUUACUUGGUAUGUGCACAGGAAGAAGACAUACCACAGGUGCGGUCUGACUGGUAUGUGUAUGCUGUGCUGUCCAGUCUGCCUUGGGUUGGCAAGGAACUGUAUGAGAAGAAGGAUGUGGAAAUGGAUCGCUUGCUCAACCAAAUUGAGGGAUAUUUAAAGCGGCGUCAGAAGACUCAUGUUUCCAUGCUGCAGGUGUGGACUGCAGAAAAGCCCCACCCUCAGGAAGAGUAUCUGGACUGUCUCUGGGCUCAGGUGCAUAAGCUGAAGAAGGACCGCUGGCAGGAGCGUCACAUCCUGCGGCCUUAUAUUGCGUUUGACAGUGUGCUGUGUGAAGCCCUGCAGCACAACCUGCCCCCUUUCACUCCUCCAGCCCACUCUGAUGACGCUGUCUACCCUAUGCCCCAUGUCGUCUUCAGAAUGUUCGACUACACUGAUGCCCCAGAGGUGCAAGUGUGUUUACUAUUGGAGAAAGUGAUAUUUGGUGAGUUAUUCCAGCUGCCCAGUCCUCCUCACAUUGAUGUCAUGUACACUGCGUUACUCAUUGAGCUCUGCAAACUGCAACCAGGCUCAUUACCACAAGUUCUUGCUCAAGCCACAGAAAUGAUGUAUAUGAGGCUGGACACAAUGAACACAACCUGUAUAGACCUAUAUUUCACACAGUUGUCGUACCAUCAGCGGAUAGUGGACAUUGUUCCUCCGAGUUUCUCUACCCUGAUCCCGGCUAACCCUGUGUGCAGCUAUAAAUAUGAAGAGGAGACUGAGUGUCCAUUACCAGGAUUAGCUAUGGCAACUACAGUGAGUAACGCUAUCAAAAACCGGGCGUCUAAUGAGGAGAUUCUUAUUGUUCUAAAAGAUGUCCCUAAUCCAAACCAGGAUGAUGAUGAUGAUGAGGGCGAUGGCUUCAACCCUCUGAAGAUUGAAGUGUUCCUGCAGACACUUCUCCAUUUGGCUGCGAAGUCUUUCAGUCAUUCCUUCAGUGCCCUGGCCAAGUUCCAUGAGGUUCUGAAGAACCUUACAGACAGUGAUGAGGGGAAACUGCACAUCCUCAGGGUUCUGUAUGAGUUCUGGAGGAACCAUCCUCAGAUGACCUCCGUGUUGGUGGACAAGUUGAUACGGACCCAGAUCGUGGACUGUGCAGCUGUGGCCAACUGGAUAUUUUCUCCUGAAAUGGCUCAUGAUUUUACCAGGUUUUAUGUGUGGGAGAUUCUACAUUCGACCAUCCGGAAGAUGAACAAACACGUGCAGAAGAUCCAGAAAGAGUUGGAUGAGGCAAAAGAAAAGCUGGAGAAGCAACAAAACAAAAAGCAGCGGGACAGCGGCGAUGAAGAGGACAUGGAGAAGAACAGUGAGGAUGAGGAGGGUCAGUUGGAGGAACAGAUCGAGAGGCUGCAGGAGAAAGUCGAGUCUGCCCAGAGCGAACAGAAGAACCUUUUCCUUGUUAUAUUCCAGCGCUUCAUUAUGUUACUGACAGAGCACCUGGUUCGCUGUGAAACGAGUGGCGUAGACAUCAACACCACCUGGUACAAGAACUGCAUCGAGAGGCUACAGCAGAUCUUCCUCAUGCAUUAUGUGAUCAUCCAGCAGUAUAUGGGCACCCUGGAGAACCUGCUGUUCACCGCUGAGCUCGACCAUCAUAUCCUGGCUGUAUACCAGCAGUUCUGUGCUCUUCAGCUCUGAAUUCCCACAAUGCAUCACUUCAGACGGUCACACCUGCCUGUUUAUGUGGCAUUUCAAGGUUUAGUGACAUCGAUCGGGAUCAUUGGAGAUGGUUGUUUUGUAAGUAGUGAUAUUGGGAAAUCUCAGACCCUUUUUGGGGCCCUUGAUAUGUUUAUGUAGUAUUUCUUUUUUCUUUUCAUUUUUUUUUCUUUCUUUAAUUUUUCAUUGUCAUCGGCUCUGUGGUAAGUGUAGAUCUUUUAAAAUGCCUGGUGUUUAGUAAACCAUGAUGAAGAGCUUAGUUUUACUCAAGCAACUAUGGUAUGAAACUACUCAUUUUUAUGCGUUUUAUGUCAUUUUGAUUGAAAAAUUA